CGUUCCAUCUCCAGGGAAGCGUCACAAGUUGCACUCCCUUAUUGUUACUAAUACCCACAUAUACACGAGCAAUGGCAUCCGAUUCAACAACCACGCCAUCGCUGGCUGAAUUCGCCGACAGGAAGGGCACAGCGAUCGAGGCUGUUGAGGGCAACGUCUCAGAAGAUCUCUCACAGACGCCAGACGGCAUCUCGCAAAGAUCACUGUCUGACAAAAGGCAGCCAGGUAGCGGAGUGUCUGCCAAGGUCAAGCAGCUGUACGAGCAGAACAAGAAAGUGACGAUCGGGCUGGUCUGGGUCCUGCUCACUGCUUACUUCAUUGCGUCGCUGGCGCUGAAGAAGAAGACCCAGACAUCUGACAUUCUUCCCUUCAUCUUCCUCUAUGUGUUUAUCACUGGCCGCAUAUUUUUCUUCUUUGUGCCGACCACCAUCGUCUCUGGCCCGAUAGGCAACGCUUGGGAUUCAGCCAUACAGCCAGCUGUUGACAAGCUGUCGCUGCGUGUGCGCUACGCUAUCGGCACUGCCGUGCUGAUCGCCCUAAUGCUUUCGGUCUCGCUGGGUCUGCCGACAAGGGAAGGUGACAGCCGGCUGGCACGCAUGCAGUCGUUCCUGGGCAUAAUCGUAAUCACGGCGAUCAUGGUGUUGCUGUCCAACAACCGGCGCCAUAUCCAGUGGCGCACCGUCAUCGUCGGUUACCUGAUGCAGUUCUGCCUGGGCUGCAUCGUGAUGAAGACCAACUGGGGCAGCGACCUAUUCCAGUGGCUCGCAGGCAUCGCAUCGAGCUUCCUGGGGUUCGCCAACUACGGGACUUCCCUGUUCUUCACCGAAGGCGCACUCACCAGCGGCGCUAUAGCCGCAACCAUGUUCCCGGUCAUCAUCUUCUUCUCAGCGUUCGUCCAGAUGAUGUACUACCUGGGAGGUGUGCAGUGGCUGCUGAAGCGCAUGGGCUGGCUCUUCUACAAGGCACUAGAUACAUCCGGUGCUGAGUCAAUUGUGGCCUCAGCAUCGCCCUUUGUCGGCCAGAGCGAGAAUGUUCUGCUGGUCAAGGACUACCUGGACCAUAUGACAAACUCUGAGAUCCACGCGUGCAUGGCCGCUGGCUUUGCCACUAUCUCCGGCUCUGUGUUCCAGUCGUAUGUGGCUCUCGGCGUCGAUGCCAAGAACCUCAUCACGGCCUGCAUCAUGUCUAUCCCGUGCUCGCUGGCCCUGAGCAAGAUCCGCUAUCCCGAGACUGAGGAGCCGCUGACCAAGGGCAGGAUUGUGUUGUCGAAGCGCGAAAAGGAGUCCAACGUUCUGCACGCCUUGGGCAAUGGCGCCGCAACGGGAAUCAACCUGUCGCUGCUGAUUCUGGCCACCGUCAUUGCGCUUGUGUCGCUUGUCAACGCUGUCGAUUUUUUGCUGACAUGGCUUGGCCAGUUCAUUGCUAUCCCCGACCUUACAUUGGAGCUGAUCCUCGGCUACAUCUUCUACCCGUUCACCUGGCUCCUGGGCGUGCCCGGCCAGGAUGUGCUCAAGGUGUCAAAGCUGCUUGGCCUCAAGCUUAUCAGCAACGAGUUUGUUGCAUACUCAUCGCUAACUGGCCUGAGCGGCGGUCCGGCCGUCCAGGACAGCCUGUCUGACAAGCGCAGUCUGCUAAUUGCCCAGUUUGCGCUUGCUGGAUUCGCCAACCUGGGCAGUGUUGCCCAGCAGAUUGCUGCGUUCGGCAGUCUGGCGCCCUCGCGCAAGGCCGACUUUUCGCGCCUGGCUCUCAGCGCCUGCUUGACCGGCGCUACAGCAACCAUGCUCUCGGCAGCCAUUGUGUCGAUGAUCUUUUAG